GUGAAUGAAACAUAGUUCUCUGUCAUGUUUUCGUGUUAUACGGUGUAGCCAUGGUUUAAAAAACCAAACCCCAUUUUUCCUUGUUUCCUUAAACAGUUGUUGAUGCUAGUCUUUAUCCUCUGCAGUUCCCAAAUGAGCUAACUUGACCCCAAGAACCGGACCAAGUUGACCGGUUGCGUUCUGGGUAUGGUGAGGUGAGUGAGAGUGAUCAUGGGGUGCGUCUUUGUGAAGCAGGCUGUGACGGUGACGCCUGCUAUCGAUCACUCGGUUGAGUCAGAGAGGAACAAGAAGAAGAAGAAGACUGAGUCAGUGGGAGCGAGUCGGAGCGAGGUGGGUGAGUCAGGGAGGGCGAGUUCCAAUGGUGGAAGUGAGUCUCUGAGCUUCAGAUUAGGGAACCUGAACAAGUAUUUGGAGGGGGAGCAAGCGGCGGCGGGUUGGCCGGCUUGGCUCAGCGCCGUCGCUUGUGAAGCCAUUCACGGUUGGGUGCCUCUCCGAGCUGAUGCAUUUGAGAAACUUGAUAAGAUUGGGCAGGGUACAUAUAGUAGUGUUUUCCGAGCAAAGGAACUUGAGACUGGGAAGAUAGUGGCACUGAAGAAGGUGAGAUUUGACAAUUUUGAGCCAGAAAGUGUUAGGUUUAUGGCACGAGAAAUAAUGAUUCUCAGAAGGCUUGAUCAUCCAAACAUCAUUAAACUGGAGGGCUUGAUUACUUCCAGAUUGUCUUGUAGCAUAUACCUUGUAUUUGAGUAUAUGGAGCACGACAUCACAGGCCUCUUGUCUAGACCAGAAAUCAAGUUUAGUGAACCACAGAUGAAAUGCUACAUGAAGCAGUUGUUAUGUGGUCUUGAGCAUUGUCACUCACGGGGUGUGAUGCACCGGGACAUCAAGGGAUCAAAUCUUCUGGUGAAUAAUGAAGGGAUAUUAAAGGUGGCAGAUUUUGGAUUGGCAAACUUCUCUAAUUCUGGGAACAAGCAACCCCUCACCAGUCGUGUUGUCACCUUAUGGUACCGCCCUCCGGAGCUUUUGCUUGGUUCAACAGAAUAUGGUCCAUCCGUGGAUCUCUGGAGUGUUGGCUGUGUAUUUGCAGAGCUACUAGUUGGGAAGCCUAUACUUCAAGGGAGAACAGAGGUUGAACAAUUGCAUAAAAUCUUCAAGCUCUGUGGCUCCCCACCCGAUGAAUACUGGAAAAAGACCAAACUUCCUCAUGCAACUUUGUUCAAGCCACAGCAACCAUAUAGUAGUAGCCUCCGAGAGACAUUUAAAGAUUUUCCUGCAUCCAGUGUAAAUAUGCUACAAACUCUUCUUUCUGUGGAACCAAACAAGCGUGGGACUGCCUCAUCUGCUCUCACAUUGGAGUAUUUCAAAACAAAACCUUACGCAUGUGACCCAUCAAGCAUACCAAAUUACCCACCUAGCAAGGAGAUUGAUUCAAAAGACGAGGAGGAGUCAAGAAGGAAAAAGAUCUGUGGGCGAGUUUGUAGACCUGAAACAAGAAAAACGUCAAGAAAGCCACUAGGACUGAGUAAAUUGGCCCCAGCAGAGGAUUUGACAAGUCAAACUUCCCAAAAGAUCGAUGAUAGAUAUGUCCACAUUCUUAAAGAAGAGAUAACUAACACUGGUGAGGAGGCACCAAAGCCAUCAAGUGAUAAACCAGAAGAUGCUUGCAAUAUGAAGAAUGCAUCUCAAGUAGAUGUUCCCUUUCCUGGACCAUUACAAGUUUCAAAAUCAAGUGGCUUUGCAUGGGCAAAAAGGCGGAAAGAUGACACUUCAAUUAGAUCCCACACUCGAUCUAUUUCUAGAGGAUAUUUAUUUAAUUCGUUAGAAACUUCUACACUAAAUUCAAGGGAUAAUUCUAACUCCAGAAACUAUGAAAAUAAGGAAUUUUUUGGGGAACGCACUAACUCUAGGGGCCAUGACGUACUUCAAAUUUCUAAGCUUGCAAUGCAAAAUCAAUGGAGUAAGUUUGAUCGUCCAGAUUCAUUUGAUACUUCUGAAGAGUACCAUUCCCAAGAACUGUCUUCGGUACUUUAUCAUAGAGAAGACUCACUAUCCAAGAGAAGUAACCUGAGUUAUCAGGAUCAAGGAGAAAAGGUUGAAUUUUCAGGGCCCUUACUAUCUCAAAUGCACACAGUUGACGAGCUCUUAGAAAGACAAGAGCGUCACAUGCGGCGCAGUGUCAGAAGAUCAUGGUUUCAGAGAGAUAAGAAGCAUGGGAAGUAACUACAAGUAUAAUAUUUAUUCAUGAAGGAUACAGAACCUCGAAUAUGGGAUCACAAUGUCCUUAUGAGAGGGCCAUCUCCAUUCUCCAAGCACACUGCUGUGACUGUGAGCAACAAAUGAACAUCAGCAUGUACACAGUAUCCAGCAGCAUGAUCUGUUACCUCCUAGAUACUUGGAAAAAACAUAACAAUUUCAGGAAUGUAGUCCUUUCAGCUUAGGAAAGAAAAAGUUUUUUUUUACCAUGGAUUAUCAAAUUUUGGUCAAUUAUAAUAGAUGAAAAUUUAUUUCUGUAUGAUCUAAACCUCCUCAAUCCUCUCUCUAAUAGUCUACUCACCAUUUUUCACUG